AUGGAUCCAGACGGUCACCAAGGGUCGGGCCUCCCCCUACCCAUACCUCAUCCUGCGAGCUCCGGGGGGUUGUUUUCUCACACAGAAGGUCCGAGCAAAGAGCUUUUUUGGACUUCGGUUCUGAUGCCCAUAUUCUGUAUACCAAUUGUCAUCUUGCGCCUUUGGACGAGCAAGAGGGUCGUUCAUAAGUGGCAUGUCGACGACACUCUCAUUAUUCUCGCCACGAUCUUUGCCGUAUUGUUUUCAGUAGACUCCGCCUUGAAUGCUCGCCUUGGCUCUGGGGAUCACAUCUGGAAUAUCGAUCCAAAGUCCUUGGAAAUACUCCUCAAGAGCACAAAAUGGGGUGGCCUGCCGGUCUACAACAUUGCAACAGUCUUCAUCAAGGCUUCGGUCUUGACGUUUUAUCUGCGCUUCACCGUCGACAUCUAUUUUAAGAUGUGUUCAUAUGCGGUCCUGUUCAUCGUCGUGGCCAACGCUAUCGUGAACAUUGUGGGAUCAGCCAUUCUCAAAUGCACGGCGCCUAGGCAACCUGCCUGCCAACAGACAAUCAUCAUUCAGAUUGUCAGUGCAGCUGUUAACACUGCAACCGAUGGUGUCAUUCUUCUUCUCCCGUUCUGGCUCCUUCGCCCCAUGAAGGUCCCUUUGAGCCGCAAGAUUGGGAUUGCUGUCGUGCUGAUGGCAGGAGGCUUUGUCUUCUUUGUGAGCAUCUUCCGCUUGGUAUCAACCAUACAACUAGAUGACAACCUGGACGUAACUUAUCGAGGGGGGAACAGCUUGAAAUGGAGCGUCAUUGAAACCUGGUCAGGAAUUAUAUGCGCCUGCAUGCCCUAUGCAAAGCCCCUGAUCAAUCGAUACUUCCCGCACUCAUGGGCUGCAACGAAACACGAUAGUAGUGGAUCCGAGAGACGAUUGGCUACUAUCAACAUGGAAGAGGGAGCCAACAACGAACAGCCUGAGAAUAAGGGUGUCUUGGUCGAAGCGAGGAAAGCGUCCAGUAGUAGGACUGAAUCUGUAUGUGUUCUGAGAGAUGCCAUAAUUCCGACAUAG